UACCCGGUCGCGGUGACUGGGAAGAGAGGAGCGAGGCAUGCAGCAGCCAGUCAGUCCUGUGGUCCAUUGUUUUCACCACUGUAUUCUGCGCCUUCAGUUUGGACUAGUUUGAGUUUGGACAACAAAAGUAGUCGUUCUUCAGAGAAAGACUUCUUUUUUUUUUCUUCUUUUUUUUUUUAAAUCCAGCCUCAUUUGAAAAGGAAUCUGCCGUUUCAACAACCUCCUAUAGUGUUAUAUUUCCUGUGUAAAAUUCUGUCAUAAUAACACUUUGGCUGCUGUCGUAUGCCAGAACUGGAGUGGUUGAGACUGGGUUUGCUGUUGCGCCUCCACUGAGAAGGUGUGGAAGAGGAGAGUUCUGGGUAAAGUUUGACUUCAGCGGAGCUCAAAAAGGAGGAGGAACCUCCUCGGAGGAUGGAAACGUGAGCGAGCUUCUCUGGUGGAGUGGCAUCUUCUCUCUCUUCUCGCAAAGAGCAAAAAGCCAUCGAUUGACAAAGAGCGCAAGAAGACGCGGAGGGGGUUGGAUUUGAAGGUUUCGUAUUUGUAUACCAGGGGGAUACCAUCAGAGCAAGAGAAAGACACUUCAUCGCUCCAACAUGGCCGGGUUAUAUGGAUGCUUUAAGGGGCGCAACAGCGACCGUGCUGCCAUGGCAUCGGGAUCUCCAGACGUGUCGACCAAUCAGGAGCCCGCUGAGGUCCAGGAAGAGUGUUCAGGGAAGAAAAAGUCCAAGUUCCAGACGUUCAAGAGGUUUUUCGCGAGGAAGAAGAGAAAGGAGCCGUCGCCUGCAGGGGCGGACGCUGGCCUCAAGGCCAGCCAGUCGACCGACAAUGUCAGCAAAGCAUCGGAGAACAACACGCUCACCCGAUCCGAGAAGGAUAAGGGCUCUGGGUCAAAGAUCAGUCUGGGCAGCAAGGCCUUGUCACACGACUCCGUCUUUGUUUCGGACUCAUCAGAGGCAAACGAGGCUCUCGGGGCAUCUCAGGACAGCAUCCAUGGGAAAGUGAAGUCACUGCAGCUGCAGCUGAAGCAGGCCAUCAGGCUGGGCUCUCCUCCUUCGCUCAUGUGUGUGAAGAAGGCGGAAGAUGUCGGAACUAUGUCCGAGGAUGACGGUCUACCCUGCAGUCCGCCUGAGUACACAACGCAUCACACAGUCAUGAAUCAGGCUCAGAUGAACAGUUCAAUCAGCCUGGAGGGAAUAGACAGUGACGACGAACAGCUGUCCCAUGCCGCCUCCAGUAGAGCAAUGAGCCCCCUGGUGGUUCCAGGUGACUUCAGUCUGCCGGCCAGUCCCUUCGGCUGCCUGGACAACUCUGCUGCCAAACACAAGCUGGGCCUGAGACACAAAGCCUGCAACAGGAGGAAACCUACCAGCCGGCCGGAGGGCAAAGCCGAGGGAGACUCUGCGGUGGAAGAGAUGCUGACGACGUCCAUGGAAGAAGUAGAAACGGACGGUAUGGAGGAGCCACAACAGCAACUGAGGAUAGAAGAUGUCGGUGACCAUCAGCUGAAACCAAAAGUGGAGAAGGAGGAGGAGGAGGAGGAUGAGGUGGAGGAGACGGAGCCACCGCAGCAUUCCAGGCGAUCCCUGUUGAGAGAUAAGGAGGAGGAGGAGGAGGAGGAGGAGGAGGUGGUGGAGGAGGAGGAGGAGGAGGGAGAGGAUGAGCCCGAAACAGAACAGGAUGUUUCUCACGGCCCAGACACUUCCUGUCCUCCUGAGCCAAGACUCUCAGAGGAGGAAGCCUCGGAGUCCCAGCCCUUGCCCUCGUCCGAGCCCAGCUCCAGAGCCUCCUCUCUGGACAGUCCCAGAGCCACGCCGGAGCCCCCUACUGGCUUGAGGGAGUACCUGCUGGACCCCCCAGGCUUCGUCUAUGGAGCAGAUAAGAAGUUUGACAGUGACUCGGCGUCGGAAAGUGAAGAAGAUGGAGUCCAGGGAACCAUGGAGGAGGAGGAGGAGACCUCCCUCUUACAGGAGGUGCUUAGCUCCUUGAAGACGCCGCUUGGGUCUCUGGACGUUAAGACUGAGGAUGUCUUCCUGGAGAUGAAGCAGGAGGCGGAAGGGAAACUGAAAGAAGAGGCAGAGAUAGAAGAAGGAGAGGAGGUGAAGGAAGAGGAGGCAGAGGAGCAUCAGCCCAUCAGUUAUCAGUUCACUCCUUCUUGCUCAGUCCUGUCCAGUCAGGCCACAGAGGAAGAAGAGGAGGUGGUCACUCGUUCCUAUCAAAAAGAAGUAGAAGAAAAAAAAGAAGAAGAAAAAGAAGAAGAAGUGGUUGCUGUUGAAGAGGUGAAAGGUGAAGAAGCAGAAGAGGAGGAGGAGAAGGAAGAAGAAGAAGAAGAAGAUGUAGCUGUGGAGCAAUUAACUCAACAUGGUCAUGAGGAGGAGGAGGGACAGAAAGAGGACGCAGAGGAAGUCCAACCCGAGGAAGAAAGCAGUGUGCUCACAAGACAAACCAUCAGCCAGGCUGCAGAGGAAGAGGUGGAAGAGGAGAGGGAGGAGGGCGAGGAGGAAGCGAUAGAGCUGGAGAAGGAGUCCGAGGUGGAGGAAGAGGCGCAGGAGAAGACGGAGGAGGAGGAGGAGGAUGAUGAUGAUGGGGUGGUGGCAGUGGAGGUGAAUGAAGGGAGGGGCGUGGAGGAGGCGGAGGAGGUGGAGGAGGCGAUGGAAGAAGAGAAGAGCGAAGCAGAGGAGAUGCUUCCUGACGCGCAGGAGGAAGCUGAAGUUCAAAGUGAAACGUCGAUGCAGGAGGCGGAUGAAGGCGUCGUGCUCACGGAUGACGGCGUCUGCGGCGAACACAACGGCCAUGAUGAUGAAAUCCCUGCAGACCUGAGUGAUCAAGUGGUCGCUCUAGUGCAGGAGGAGGAAGAGAAGUCAAACAAGACCUCUGGAGACGAGAUCGAGGACGGAGAAGAGGAAGCAGAGGAUGGAGAAGAGAUCAGUCCUGAAGACAAAAAACAAGAAGAAGAAGAAGAAGUGGAAGCAAACCAAACGGAUGAAACUGAACAGGACCUGAAGCAGGAAAGUGUAGAACCAACCCCCCACGCAGACGUGGAUCCAAGUGAAGCCACAGAACAAGCCAGUGUUUCAUCCAGGCCUCCGUCUCUGUCUCUCCCAGAGUCGCCGAGUGAGACUCGUUCACCAGCGAGUGGGCCCACCACUCCCAGUAAGACCAGCGUCAUCCACAUAAAUCUGAUCUCUCCCAGCUCAGAGAAAGCCAUUUCUUUCUUUCAAACGUCCCCAACCAAAGCAGAACCCAGUGAAAGUGUCACCCAGUCGCCUCCUGCGGAUCCCACAGAAGAAACAGAAAUGGAUUUAGCAGGAGAAGAAGAAGAAGAAGAAGAAAAAGAGCCUGCACACAUACAAGAUGCUGCAGCUCCUGCCUCUGCGGAGGAAGAAGCCGACCGGCUGCCCUUUAGUUCAGAUCAGAGUAAAGCCCGAUUCAAUGUCUCCCCCGCCUGGCAGAGACCUCAAAGUCUGACCCCUCCGUCUUCCCCGCCGGCCUCUUCACCCUCCACUGUCGCUGCACCCAGCAGUGAGGAGGUGGAGGAGGCUGCUGCGAGCAAGAAGGUCGAAUUGGUGUUGAGCCCCAGUAAAAUGAGGAGCGCAGUGAGCGUCGCCGGCAAACCCCAGAACAGCGCAACACCGGCCCCCGUCAAACCUCAGACCUCAGCUCCCGCAAGCACGGAGGAGAGCUCGCCCGCCGUGGAAGGAAGCAACCCGUUUGGAGUUCGGCUGAGGAAGACGUCGGGUAUGCUCCGCUUGGGCUCGGAGGAGGAAAACACGGAGCCUCCGGUUGAAUCGCCCACUCCACCAACCAGCACUAAAGUCGACCCACCGCAGCCAGUCAGUGUUAAGCCUUCUGUGUAUCAGCCAAUCAGCAACAAGCCCGUCGUCCCGAAGAAACCAGAGGUACACGGAGAAGGCGGAGGGAAACUGAAGCGCGUCUCAGACCCAGCUACAGGUCGGGGGGCUUCUGCUGGAACUAAUUCUCCCAGCUGGAUUUCUAUGGCCAAACAGAAACAGAAGAUCUACAAAGAAAACUCACUGGAGGAGAUAACUGUCAAGAAGGAGGAACAGGAGAGAAAGUCUUCACUGCCGAUGUACGUCGGCUUAGCUGCAAGCAGGGAGCACAGCAACAAGACAGCUGAGUCCUCCUCCAAAGUGAGUAAGUCAGAGAUCAGUAAACCAUCAGCCUCUGCAGAAAAGGAGGCCAAGAGGGCGCUCUCCCCUCCGACUCCAGUGCCACCUCAGCCUUCCAAGUCCCAGUCACUCUCCUGCCCCGUCGCCCCCAAACCCCAGGUCCCCGCUGUCGGAGCGAAACAUCCGCCACAGCCUAACGCACCCCAAAGAUCCGUCCCACCCCCAACUCCGGUCCCCGUCCCCCAGAAACCUCCCUCUUGCACGGGCCCGCCCUCUCUCUCCAAACCUGCCACUCCGCCCAAGACGCCCCUGGUCACCUCCCCUCCCUUCUCGUCGAGGCCCGUCCCGGAGAAGCCCGGCGCAAAGGCCGCGGGGCUUUCCGGACAGACCCCGUCCCCUCAGCGAGGCCUGCCUUCCCCGUCUCUGCCCCAGGACGAGCCCCCCUGGAUGGCGCUGGCCAAGAAGAAGGCCAAAGCCUGGAGCGAGAUGCCCCAGAUUGUCCAGUGACAGGCCAAGGUUUUAACUGAGGGUCUGGUGCACCGGCUCAGAUCAACAAAGCUCUGGAUGGACCAGAACGCAUUUGCACACACGUUUCUUAUUGUCCUGGCUUCGGGCUCCUGAUUGGUGCAGAUGUCCAGUCACACAGCUAAAGACAGGCUCUGUUUAACUCCUUCCUUACGUUGUACAGCCAUGUUUCUAAAUGACAGGGUAGGACCCCAAAGGUUAAUGCGUCUUACUUGAACCAGAUCCUUUUUGUUUGUGUUUUUUUUUCUUAUUAUUAGUGUGUAAUAUAAUACGGUGCCUGAAUGAGAGAAAACACCUGUAAGCGUCACAGCAGUCGAUAUUAAUUUUUAUCCGAGGCCACACAGGAAAGGGAAGACGCAGGCAGAUUAUUUUAUAAAGAAGACAGAAUAAAUCUUGGGGUUUGCUAUUGUUAGGUUUUGUCUUAAUCUACACGAUGCUACAGUAUAUUUCUACCAGCCCAGUGUGUUUCUGUGUGUGUGUGUGUGCGCAUGUGUGUGUGUGUUUAUUUUAAAUCAGUGAUACAAGCUCACAUUUUGAGGGUGAUAUUGAGGAUAACAUGCAAGUUCAGCUGAAGAACAAUUUGCUGCCGGUGUAAAGUUUUGCUAAAAAAAACAAAAACAAUUUCUGAUCAGAUCUUUAUGGAGCAGAUUUCUUCUUUCUUUCUUCUUAACCUGAUGUUCGUCGUGCUCCCCGCUUGUUUCAGGCGGUAAAUUAUAUUUUUAAUUGUCCUCUUUUGAUAUUUUCAAAACCCUCUUUUGAUAUUUUGAAUACGCAAAACUAAACUACAGAUUAGCUGCAAGCAUACGACAGUAAGUAAAAAAGCAGGAAUCAUAUAGAAAUAUCAUCACGUUGACCUUCUUACAUUUUUAUUACGUUUUCAAAGCACCGUAAUAUUGCAGAGGUUUGUGCGUCGUGUAGAAAGAUACUUUCCUUUGCAUCCAUUAAACCAUCAGUCUUAUACAGUAACUCUCUGCGCUAUGAACUUUGUUUUUUUUGUAUCGCCUUUUGAGAAUUUGUCUUGUACAUAAAAUGUGCAGUAAAAAAAAGAAGAAAAAAAUCACUUUUCUUUGUGUGUUUGUCUGUGCACACUUUCAGCUGUGUAGUUGUAAUGGAAAUGUAUUGUAAAUUGUAUAAAGCCACAACAACUCCAACUAUUAAUAAAUAAUAAAUCCCUGA